AUGGCUGGUACACCAGACGAUUUAAGAAGUGCGAAUGUUAUAUUCGAUCGCUGGAAGAACGAUGGACUAACAGUAUUUAAACCAUCCUAUAAUGUUCUUUUGUCAUAUCCAAAUAAUGAGACAGUUAAUAGAGUAAUAGUUCGAAAUGGUGCAACUAUUCUUGUAGAAACAGAAGGCAAAGAAAAGAUUUAUGAUCCACAGCUACCCCCAACUGUCAACCCAUUUCUAGCUUACACACCAAACGGAACUUUUACCAGUUCGAACUUGUACUAUGCGAAUUAUGGACGUUUGGAAGAUUUUGAAAAUUUGAUAGCCAAAGUCUCACUAACAGCAUUACAGAAUAGCACAGUCAUUUGUCGUUAUGGAAAAAUUUUUCGUGGAGACAAAGUAAUGCAUGCACAGCAAUUUGGUGCAAAAGCAGCUAUAUUAUAUAAUGAUCCACAAGAUUACGCUCCUUUUGGUACGACACAAGAUGUAACUUAUAAUAAUACAUGGUUUUUGCCCGAUAGUGGUGCUCAGCGAGGUUCUUCUUAUACAUCGAAUGGUGAUCCGUUAACGCCAAUUUAUCCAUCAAAAGAUUAUAUGUUUCAUCUGAACGAAGAUAUCGAUACUCUACCCAAAAUACCUGCACAACCCAUCAGUUAUACAGAGGCUAGAGAUAUAAUGCAAUAUAUGACUGGAGAAGAUGUACCUGAUGAGUGGAAAGGUGCGAUGACUGUACCUUAUAAAUAUGGUGGACCGUUAAAUAAUUCAAAUACGAUCACAGUUACUUCAUAUAACAAACGUGAACCAAGAGACACGUAUAAUGUAAUUGGGAUAAUGGAAGGCGAGAUAGAACCAGGAUUCAAACCACGUCGUAGUUUAAUGUUUUGCAGUUGGGGAGCAGAAGAGUACGGUUUGAUCGGAUCGGUAGAAUGGGUUCAAGAAUACGUAAAAGUGUUGAGUGCUAGAAUAGUUUCAUAUUUAAAUUUGGAUGUAGCAGUUGAAGGAAAUUGGACAGUGGAUGUUAAAAGUUCACCAUUAUUAUACAACGUCAUAGUUGAUGCAGCCAAAACAGUUCCCAGUGCGUAUGACGGAUCUAAAACGGUCCAUGAUAAAUGGAUGGAAGUUCAUAACAAUGAACCGAAAAUUGAGUAUGGUCUUGGUUCUGGCAGUGACUUUUUAGCUUUUGAUCAAUUAGCUGGUUCAUCAAAUUUUGAUACAUCGUAUGGGUUUGAUCCUAAAUCACAUGGAAAUUUGGGAUCGUAUCCGUUAUAUCACACAUCAUACGAAGUAUUUUCAAUGGUCGAAAAAUUUGUCGAUCCAGAGUUUAAGGCUCAUCAAACAAUGGGUCAAUUUACUGGAGCGUUAGCACUCCGUUUAUCCGAAUCAGCUCUAAUACCAUUUAGUGUUGAACAUUAUACUAAAGCAUUAAACAUUGCGUUAGCAGAUUUAGAAAAAGAAAAACCAUUGAAUACAAAUCUCACUAGUCUCAAAAUUUCAAUCGAUGAAUAUGGAGCAGCAGCAGUCGAUUUUGUUGAAAAAGCUAAAGAUAUCGAUAAAAAUAAUCCAUAUGCAAUUCGUGUAUAUAAUGAUCAAUUAUUACAGCUUGAAAGAGCAUUUAUAAAUCCUCAUGGACUGGCAUCUGAUACUCCUGAUUUUAAACAUAUUAUUUAUGCACCAUCAAAAGGAAAUCAAUAUGCUGCAAGCGGCUUUCCAUCGAUUACUGGCGCUUUCGCUACCGGAGACUCAGAGGAAAUUAAGAAACAAAUUUCAAUAGCGACAUAUUUUAUUAAAGGCGCAACAUCUGUUCUCAAACAGCCAUUCAAUUUUAUUACGGAUUGA